CCUAUUUAAGAAUGUGUGUGUACAUAGCUCCAACUUAGAGACGGCUUCUGAUUGGUCUGGCUUGGGUCCUAUGUUCCUUCAGGGUCAGUUGCUAUAGCCUGGGGGCUGGGGCCUGAGAGCCGGACUGAGGUCACAUGUGUUCCUAGUCACGGUGAUGUGGCACCGUGAUUUGGCAGGUCCACCGGAAACACACAGUCACCAAGUGAAAGACUGCUGGACAGACAGAAAACAAAUGCCCAUCACAGUCCCAGUGCCCCAGACUAUUGCUCCAUUUAACAAAUGGGAGAAUGAGAAAGCCUGGAACAUUUCAGGAAUGUUCUUUCAAAGGGAAGUAGGUGGUUAUGCUGCACAUGUAUGCAGGGGAAGCUCUUCAGAGCCUCUCGGAUUUGUUCUCAUUAGUGGACUUAAGGGGUCUCAGAAAUUGGUUCCAGGAGGAAAUUAAACUUCACCUUCCUUUUCUUUCAUGAAAACCUGAUUUUUCUGGUCAAACGGUCACAAAGCCACACCAGAGUAGCCCAGAUAAGUGUUAAAAAACCUGUUUUCAGUCAGCAGGGACUCUUAAUCUCAGGGUCUUGAGUUCAGGCCCCACAUUGGGCACAGAGCCUACUCAAAAAAAAGAAGAAAGACUAUAUUCAGUUGACCUUGAUGGGAGUUUUCCCCAGAUGAGUGUUCAGGUUUUGAGAGUUAAUGUCAAGUAACAGAAACCCUCGUGUUCUCACAAAAUGCUCCUAAUGGAUUCUGCUCCUUUAAAUGUGGUUUGCUGUUCUUUCUUUCUCCCCUCUUUCCCUUCCCCCUUUCCUUCUCCUGGCCUGGCCUUGCUACCUGUCCUACCCCACCUGCUCAGAAUCCCCAGAGGGUCUCAUGCCUUCAGCAUAAGUUUGAGCCAUUUUUUCCUUAACUUUCUCAGAGACCCCAAAACACUGGAUUCUCCUGGGGGAGCCAUUGUCCUCAUUAGAAGGCAGAGAAUGGGGACAUUGCAAAUAAUGACCAUGACCCCGCCUCGGCCCACCGUCACCCCGUCCCCUGCCACACAAAGAGCAGGGCUCCAUGGCUGUGGUUGCAGAAAAGACCAGAGGCUUUGGAGUCAGCGCUCAGUUUGAUCCUGGCAUGGCUUCCCGUGGGAACAUUGGUGGUGGACUUGGGAAGGGGCCUGGAGACACUCUUGCUGGUGGCGGCACCAACAUCAAGUGGUAGCUUCUUGGCCUGGGGUCUUACAGAGCUCCGCUUUUCAGCGCUGUGUGGAAGGUGAAAAUCACUUUCCUGACAUCCUCAUUCGUCAGGAUGCUUUUUGUUUUGUUUUCCCUGGCACAACACUCGGGAAAUGGGCAGUCACCUCCGGGCAGUUCUGAAAGCAGAGAGUCAGGAGAAGCAGAAGUCAGUCUGGUGUUCUCCAACCCCAACCUCUGCGCCUUGGGUUUGGAGUGUUUACGGGUAGUCACUUGUUUAAUAUGCAAAACGAUUUGUUGGGUAAGUAACAAUGCCCAUAAAGCUCUGGUAUGUAUUUGCGUUGCCUCUGACUCUCCCAUUGGGAAGCUGGUGACUGACGUGUGAUGUCAUUGACGAGCCUGUGCUUUUCCUCCUGUUAACAGCUGACGUGUCCCCACGAGGAUUUACCACGUGCCACGCACCAGGCUCCGUGCUUCGCCUUUACACAGCGGAUACACCCAACUCCAGCCUGGAAUUGAGGGUCCACAGGACGGAAAAAGAUGCGUGCGUCCAUGCCAGAGCCCAAGGUUGGAGACCUGAUUGAGAUCUUCCGCCCUUUCUACAGACACUGGGCCAUCUACGUUGGCGAUGGAUACGUGGUCCACCUGGCCCCUCCAAGUGAAGUUGCGGGAGCUGGCGCGGCCAGCAUCAUGUCCACCCUGACCGAGAAGGCCGUAGUGAAGAAGGAACUGCUGUGUGAUGUGGUUGGGAGAGACAAGUACCAGGUCAAUAACAAACAUGAUGAUAAGUACUCCCCACUGCCUCCCAGCAAAAUCGUCCAGCGGGCGGAGGAGCUGGUGGGGCGGGAGCUGCCCUAUUCGCUGCCCUGUGAGAACUGCGAACAUUUCGUGAAUGAGCUGCGCUACGGAGUCCGCCGCAGUGACCAGGUCAGAGAUGUCGUUGCGGCGGCCGGCAUCGCAGGCGUGGGCUUGGCAGCCAUGGGCAUCAUUGGAGUCAUGUUCUCAAGAAACAAGAGGCAAAAGCAAUAAGUUGAAGGGCCUGACCCAUCGGCGGGGACGUUAUCCACUGAGCGGGUCUGGUUGUGCCAGAGGUUUUGAAGUUGGGUUUGUGGGUUUCAUUCUGUUUUAGAGUGAGGCUUAUUUUUACAGAAUAAAAUAAAGCCCAGCAA